AUGCUUAAUUGCAUCACCAACACCAUCAACAUUCACCAGCUCCUCUCGACCUCCCUUGAUCUCAUGGCUCGCAGGUUAUUCCCCGGCCAGAACGUGGCCUUUGGGUUGAGCCUGUUCCUCUUUACAUUCAUGUUUCUGCCGACGCUGGUGAUGCUCUUGGCCGUCAUUGUGUUCUUUGCGUUUUACUAUCCACGGCUAGGAAAGUCGACGGCUCUUCGCAAUGAUGACUAUUGA